AUGAGGAUGCUGAUGUCGACCCUGAGUCUUCUGACCAUUCUUGCAACUGUAACGGUUUGUCCUGCCCUUGCAUUGGCUGCUCCAGAACCAAGUGUGUAUGUGAACGACCAAGGUGACAGACAAGUUGAGCGAGGCAACCUCAGAGAAAUCGUGAAUGCACAGGAAAGGUUAGCGGUGCCAGCAUCAGAAAAACAGUCGGUCGGGGACUUAGAACGGACUCCCAAAGCAGCGGAGGAGCCAUCGUCACAAGCUAGUUCUCAGACAGAACCCGCCGAAACAGCUGGGGCGGCCGAAGUUUCUGCAGAGGAAGCGGACAAGGAAUUGCCGAGGGCGGACUCGGAGCCAGGUCACACAGAGGAAAGGGCGGCGCAAUCCGCCCAAAAACGACAGGCAGGGCGGUCACGGAAAAGAGGAUACGGCGGCCGAAUCAUACAAUCCGAGUAUUACAAGACGUCUAGUUCCUAUUCGAGGCCCAGUUCCUUUUCGACACCGCUGUACACUCCCACGACUUACUCAAAAUCUGAUUUUGGCCCUUCGACCACCACGUACUUUCCGACGAUGUACUCCACGUCAAGCAGCUUUUAUUCUCCCUUGUCAAGCAAAAGCGAAGACAUCUCGGAAUUCAGCUAUGGUCCCACGUACCGUCCAAGUGUAACAUACUACAGCAGUCCUCUGACUACUUACUACUCCCGACCAAUGGAAUACGCACCGUACUCGAAGGACGCCGACGACUUUGCCAAGAGAGAAUACUACAACUACUACAGACCCCGAGCAACCUAUUACAGGCCGACAACGCGGUACUACAGCGCAGAACCGCUGGCAACCACGUAUUCCAAGGACUCAGACUUCGACAGUUAUUCGUUUGAUGCUGACCCCACCAAGGGAUACCGCAGCCGCGUGUCAAGCCGCCCCACGACGUGGACUACCUACGACUACGAACCGUCACCCAGUUACUCCUUUGCGGCCUCCAAAGACUCAGAUAUUUUUGGGUAUACGACGACCUACUAUCCUGGUACAUACUACAGUCGUUCGGCAUAUUAUACGCCCCUUGCGAGGCCUGCGACCUACAGAACAGCGUACACUCGUCCCGCAGCAACAUACACGUACCCGACGAUCACGAGGACGACCAGGUUACUUCGAGACCGCUCGGUGCCACUGAAAGUGAACAGCAGCCAGACAGCCACUCCUACGUUUGAGGGCCCUGCUGAUCCAGAAGCGAUGAGCUUGCCGGAGAAAGAAGAGGAAAGCACGUCGUCUGACACGUCACCGGAGAAAUCGCCUGACAGCGAGGUGAAUACAGACGACGUUUCGAGUGAAUUAUCCACUCAUGCAGAAGGGGAAGAAGUCACGCAAAGGCUAAGCUCCCCCAUCGAGGACGCGCAGUCACGCGCUGAAGUGGACAGUGCACCAGCGUAG